AUGCAAUUGCCGCCGCCGGCCGCCGGCAAGGAGGCGGGCGAGGCGCAGGGCGGCCCUGCGCAGCCCGACCCGGCCUCCAUGACCCCGCAGGAACAGCAGCAAUACUGGUAUCAGCAGCACCUGCUUAGCCUGCAGCAGAGGGCAAAAGCCCAUGCUCAGGGGCAGCAGCAGAUGAAAGGUCCGGGAGCGGGCAAGGACACAUCUGAGCAGAGAAAGUCUGAAGAAGGGAAAAUGAGUGCUUCAACUCCGCAGUCUGAGCCUCCUCCACUAAGCGAGUCUCUGCCUCCAUCUUCCAAAGAGGAUGAGUCUUCUCUUACCUCCACUGAAACCCAGCUCAAUAUUGAACCUCCUGAUGACCCUGAGGAAGAUUUGAGAUUGCAGCAGUUGCAAGCAGCAGCAGCUCAGUGGCAGCAGCAUCCCCAUCACCGAGUUGGAUUUCAGUAUCAGAGAAUAAUGCAGAAGCAUGCCCAGCUGCAGCAGAUAGUACAACAGUAUCAACAGAUUAUGCAACAGCCUCCACACUUACAGACUAUGUCAGUGGACAUGCAGCUGCGACAUUAUGAGGGACAGCAGAAACAGUUCCAGCAGCUUCACAAAGAUUGGGAGCGAUCGAUGAACCAACAGUGGCAGCAUCAGCUUCAGACCUACCCUCACAAAGACCAGCUCCAGGAGUAUGAAAAACAGUGGAAAGCGUGGGAUGAGCAGAUGAAGGUGACUCAGUCUCAUCUGCAGGAGAAAGUGAACUCGCUCCAAAACCUGAAGACUCAGUACCCUGCAAAUGUUUCGCUGCCACCUCCAUUUGUUCCAUAUUCUCAAACUGCUCAAGGUGGCAUUCCUAUUAUGCCUCCAACCUUACCUUCAACGACACCACCACUGGUUCCCCCACCUCUCUCUUCUGGGCCUCAGAUGUCUAAUUCCUCUGUUCCUUCAGGAUCCAGUUCUCAAAGCAGUCAAUCUACUGAGACACCUAGGCCAGCGCUGCUUCCCACCCCUGGUACCUAUGCAUCAAAAAUAGCUAGUUCACCUGUAUAUUCAUCUUACCAUUCUCAAGUAAGUUCAUCUUUUGGCUCUUCAGACCAUGGGAAKUCUCAAGUUCACCAUAGUAAGCAAACUGUCUCUAUUUCAUCUGAGCAAGGAUCUGUGGAACUGAAAACCUCUUCUAUGUCUUCAACACAUGCAUCUACCAUGCAGGAUAAACCAGUGAGAUCAGGUGGAUUGCUUCCAGACCCUCCCAGAGGGGCACGUUUUGAAGGCCCCAGAGGUCCUAGGUUUGAUGGACCUCGAGGAAGAGGGUAUGAUAAAUUCGAAGGCUCCAGGCAGAGGGGGCCUCGUUUUGACUCGCAGCGCUCCGAGGGGUACAGGUCACGUUUCGACAGACAUAACACRGACGGACACUCUUCGAGUAGGUGGGGGCCUGUUCCACGAGGACCAGCAGCACAAUUUUAUACUUCCUCAAAUACAUCCCAUGCACAUGGGUCCCGACCUGGGGGUCCCCGGUGGAGGGGACCCAGGCCUCCUUUUGGACAGCAGCAUUCACAGGCGGACUCGCGAUCGGAAAGCAAAGAGCCUUUCACAGAYAUCGCUGGGAAUCAGCAGGCUCUGCCUCAAGCUCCGUCUGCUCCUGAUACAAAAGGUGCAGGUUGUGCAGAGCCCAGCGAGGACCUGAGCAACAGCGAGCAGGAACCGUGCAAAGCUGAGGUCAAAGAAACUAUUUCAGACCCUCCUAAAAAGUGGACAUGGAGUUCRCAUGAUCCUAACCAGCAAGCAGAAGAGUCCGCGGCGACUGCUUCACCUAUUCAGAACCAGAAGCCAGCAUCCCUUUCUAAUAAUCCCGUAGCUUUGCAGUCAGGUGUUACAAGAGCAGGAGGAGCAGUGACCCCUGUAACAGGAACUCAGGAUUUGAGUUCCACGGACAGCGAGUUGCUCGCUUCAGACAGCGGCCAGGGCCUGCCUGGACCAGAAGGCAGAGGCAAAGGGCAAUAUAUGCAUGAAGACAGAGGCAAGGGCCCGGGAGGCAGAGGCAGAGGGCAGGGCAGGAUGGAUGACGGCCGGGGCAGAGGCUACGGAGACAACCGUGGCUGGGGAAUGGGCCGAGGCAGGGGCAUGGACGGCCGAGGGAUGGGCAGGAUGUACGGAAGCCGGGGAAUGGGCAGGAUGGACGGCGGCUGGGGAAUGGGCAGGAUGGAUGACGGCCGCGGAAGGGGAAUGGGCAGGAUGGACGACGGCCGUGGCAGGGGGUACAUGUACAGGGGAAGAGGCCAGGGCAGGCCCUUCCGUGGCAGGGGCAUGUUCAGGAGAGCAGACAGCAGGGAGAGGAUGCCGGAGAGGCGCUCGGGCAGCAGGGAGAGGAUGCCAGAUGGGCGGUCAGGCAGCCGGGAGAGGGGCCUGGGUGGACGGUCAGACAGCCGGGAGAGGGUCAUGUCCAGCCGAGACCGAGAGCUCCCCGGGCGGCCGGGCAGCCGGGACAGGGGCCGGGCGGGCAGCCGGGAAAGAGGCCCCAUGCGGCGACCGGGCAGCCGGGAGCGGGAGCCCGUGCGGCGGGCGGGGAGCCGGGAGCGGGGCCCCAUGCGGCGGGCGGGCAGCCGGGAACGGGGYCCCGUCAGGCGGUCAGGGAGCCGGGAAAGGGGUCCCGUCAGGCGGGCAGGUAGCCGGGAGAGGGGGCCCAUGAGGCGGGGAGGCAGCCGGGAAAGGGAGGGAGGUCGGGGUGAUGGAAGCAAUACGGAUAAGGCCCUUCACCUGGGAGAUGAUUCAGACAACUUGCCUCCGUACCAUCGAGAGGAUGCRUUCAGGGGUUCUUGGAGUCAGGAAGAUGAGGGAAUGCAGGAGGAAUUUCCUUUGGAUAGUGAAGAUGCUCCUUUGGAGCAUGAACGACUAGAUGAUUGGGGAAGAGAAGAUUACUGGAGAGAGCAGAACUCGGAUUAUCGUGAUGAUUCUGUAGAUCACUACGACAGAGAUGACAGGUUACCMUCCCACCAUUCAGGGCCGCCACUGUCUCCUCUACCACCACUGCCUCCUUUAUCAUCCGAUCAGGACAGGCGAGAUUCAUGGUGGGAUGAAUGGGAAAGGCCAAGGGAACGGGAACUAGAUAGAGAUCUGGACAGGACUGGAAGAUCCUCAGAUGUUUAUGAUCAAGAGGCAAACAGAGAAUGGGAUAGAGACUGGGACAUGAGACAUAGAGAUGACAGAGAAAUGGGGAAUCGUGACAUGGAUAUCCCUCCUAUACCCUCCUUGCCACCUCUUCCACCUCUGGACAGAUACCGUGAAGAUAGAUGGAGGGAUGAUAGGGAUAGGGAUCACUACGACAGAGACCUCCGAGAUAGGGGGGAACUAAGGGUUCGAGAGUACCCAGAGAGAUACGACACGUGGCGGGAGAAGCAGGAAUACCUGCCUGAAAGGACGGACUGGGAGAGAGAGCGAUUGUCCGAGAGAUGGUACCCGGAUGACACGGACAGGCUGCGACCCCUYGAUGAUCAGCUAGACUCGUCCCUUCCUCCCCCUUCGCAUUCCUCUGACAUGCUGGGAACGGAUUCAAACCUGGACUCUGAGCAGUCGCUGGGGGGAGUGAUGGUCCUCAGCCAAAGACAGCAUGAGAUCAUUCUGAAGGCUGCCCAGGAGCUCAAAAUGCUUCGAGAGCAAAAAGAACAGCUACAGAAGUUGAAAGAGUUUGACCCUGACCUUUCAACACAGGACUCUCCUCGACCACAGAACACGAACGCAAGGCCAGGUGCCUUUCAGGAACGCUGGGAUGAGGAUUCCUUCCAUGGACUCUGGGACACAAAUGAGGAUAAAGGAGCUAAUAUGGAGUACGAAUUAUGUAAGCAAGAAUCAAUGAUGCCUCCGUCAGUAUCCUCUCCUGUGAAGGUACCUGCUGCUCACAGCUCUGUUCCAUCAGGUGUACCAGUUUCACUUCCUCCAGUUAUUCCACCAGUUCCUAAACCACCUAUAAUCCAGCAAACCGUGGAUUAUGGCCAUGGGCGGGAUAUAACGACCAGCAAAGUGGAGCAGAUUCCAUAUGGGGAGAGGGUGACUCUGCGUCCAGAACCUCUGCCAGAGAGGCAAACAUUUCAAAAAGACCACCCCAACCAGCGGGAUCGUUACAACAGAGACAGGGAUCGUGAGCCAUAUUUUGAACGUCAAGGUAAUUCAAACACGGAUCACCGGGAUUUCAAGAGAGARCGGGAAUUGCACAGAGACCGUGGCUCUGUGGACUAUGAGCGAGAGAGAUUUGAAAAAGAGCGUCAUCCUCGAGAUGACAGGAUUCUUCCUACUACACCUACAAGGACUCAGUCUUACCGUGACAAGAAAGAUCAUCCCUCSUCCAGGCGAGGUGGUUUUGAAAGACCCCCCUAUGAACGAAAGACAGACCGUCCCGCAUAUGAGCACGGGCCUUCCGUGUUUGGAGGUGAUCGCAGAAAUUACCCUGAGGAAAGGAUUCCUAUUUCUACUCCAUCAAUACCUCGUCAGCCACCACCUGCUCCACGAGUGGAAAAAAAGCCAGAAUCUAAAAAUGUAGAUGAUAUUUUGAAGCCUCCAGGACGAGACAGUAGGCCAGAGAGAAUUGUAAUCAUCAUGAGAGGAUUGCCUGGCAGUGGAAAGACACAUGUAGCAAAACUCAUCCGGGAUAAGGAAGUAGAGUGUGGAGGACCUGCACCAAGAGUGCUCAGCUUGGAUGACUACUUCAUCACUGAAGUAGAAAAAGAAGAGAGAGACCCAGAUACAGGGAAAAAAGUGAAAAAGAAGGUGAUGGAGUAUGAGUAUGAAGCUGAAAUGGAAGAGACCUACCGUACCAGUAUGUUCAAAACUUUCAAAAAGACCUUGGAUGAUGGCUUUUUCCCCUUCAUUAUCCUUGACGCUAUCAAUGACAGAGUGCGACACUUUGAGCAGUUUUGGAGUGCAGCAAAAACUAAAGGUUUUGAGGUGUACUUAGCUGAAAUGAGUGCAGAUAACCAGACCUGUUCCAAGAGGAAUAUUCAUGGACGCAAGUUAAAGGAAAUUAACAGGAUGUCUGAUCACUGGGAGGCAGCACCGCGUCACAUGAUGCGCCUGGACAUUCGAUCUCUGUUGCAAGAUGCUGCUAUUGAAGAGGUGGAGAUGGAGGAUUUUGAUGCAAAUAUUGAAGACCAGAAAGAGGAAGGCAAAAAGGAUACAACAGAGGAAGAAGAGAGUGAACUGGGUUACAUUCCGAAAAGCAAAUGGGAGAUGGACACUUCUGAGGCAAAGCUAGACAAGCUGGAUGGUUUGCGGACUGGCGCUAAAAGGAAGCGUGACUGGGAAGCAAUUGCCAGCAGAAUGGAAGAUUACCUACAGCUUCCAGAUGACUAUGAUACACGUGCUUCUGAACCUGGAAAGAAGAGGGUGCGCUGGGCAGAUCUAGAAGAAAAGAAAGAUGCAGACAGGAAAAGGGCCAUUGGUUUUGUGGUUGGACAAACGGAUUGGGAGAAAAUAACAGAUGAAAGUGGUCAUCUGGCCGAGAGAGCUCUCAAUCGCACCAAGUAUAUAUGAAAAAGUGCUUAAAUGGAUUUUUUUGUGCCUUUUAAGGCCAUUUGCUCUGAGGAGAAGUGAACCAAGGUGUCAUGAGCAUCUUGCAUGGGUCAUGUCACUCCCACUUUCACGGUUUUUGUUUCUGUUGUUACUUUAGUUUCAGCAGUUUUCUUG